UUUGUUUUCAAUCAGACAGAAAGGCGGACAAACUCCUGCGAUUUGUAAAAAUAUUUUUUAGAUUUCUCAUUAAAUUUCUCACGAAAUUUCGUAGUAAGGAUAUCCAGAAACUCUUGAAAAUGGCUCCUCCAACUGAGGACGACCUUAGGCGAGAAAUUUCGACAAUACUUCAAGGAGCUGAUUUGUCAACGUUGUCAUCCAAGAAAGUGAGACUCAAACUCCAGGGUAUUUUCACAGUUGACCUUGCUGAUAGGAAGAAACAGAUUGAUCAGAUUUUGAUGGCUCUUAUCGCUGAAAGUCAUUCCGCUGCAGCAGCUGCUAAGGAGAAGGAAGAGACCAAGGAGGUCGCUCAAACCAGUGCAGAGCAUGUCAGUGAGAAAGGUGAUGCUCAUCGCUCUGAUUCCUCUUCAGAUGAGCUUAGAGAUGGAAGCCCACCUGUUAAGAGGAAGAAAAAGAAGAAGAAAGAAAGCUCCAAACCAGCUGCCAAACCAAAGGAAAAGAAGGAGAAGACUUCUCGCAAGAAAGAAACAAAAACUGCAAAGAAGAGGGAGGCACCCAAGAGCCAAGCUAACGUAGAGGAUUCAGAUGACGAACUGACAAUAAACGAUGAAGAGUUGGCGUGGAAACUACACCAGGAGGAGAGCAGGAGAACAAGAAAUCCCACAAGGAAAGCAGCUGCAGUCAAGAGUAAAUCAACCUCCAAGAAAGCCAACGGGGCCUCCAAGGAUAAGGGAAAGACAGGUUAUGUAGCGGAUAUGAUCUUGUCACCAGAACUUGCCAAUAUUAUAGGAGCAGAAAGAAUGUCAAGACAUGAAGUUGUGAAGAGAAUGUGGGCAAUUGUCAAAGAGAGGAAUCUUAUGGAUCCAAAGAAUAAGCAGUACCACAUAUGUGAUGAUGAACUACUCAGAGUAUUUGGUCAGAGGAGGAUUCGAACAUUCAGUAUGAUGAAGUAUCUCAAGGGACAUAUUAAAGACCCAAGAAAUCUCACCACACCUGUUUAGUCAUCAUUCUUGCCUUUGUAAUUUUUGAUAAUAACUCUGUAUAUAUUCUGGGACUUUUAGACAGGCAAUUUUUUCAGGGCUCCGUCGCUCACACGAGGACCAAAGAUGCUGCGAAGAGAAAAGGGGAGGAUGGAAAGAGGAAAUGUGGAAGCGACAAGAAAUAUACACUCAUUUAUCCUAGGAAGCAAAUUGCAGUUGCUCUGUAAUUCUUUAGAGAAACAAUUUGACCAAUUCUUGUCAAAAGUCAUUUUGGAUAUUCUUCAUUCCAGUUCAGUCAGUAGAUGUAUUGGGAAUUUCCUAGGUACAGUCAUUCUUCCAGAUGUUACCAACUACAUAAUUUUUCUUUUCUUAGCCUUAUGUUUGUAGAAGGUUGAUAGUAUUGCAAAAGCUCGGACAAGACCAAAUAAUGAUAAUUUACUGUAGUGACAAUUACAUCCAUUUCUUCAUCAUACCCAGUAUUGUAUGUGACAAAAGAAAAAUGACCUCAUUUUUGAAACUCUAUAACCUCUCUUUCAUGACAUACUGAAAUGCUGCAAAACGAAAACAAUCCCUCUAUUUUCUAUUUUUUUCUUCUCCAAUUACUUUUGAUAGCUAACCUUAAUAUUUUGUCUUUAAAUCAUAUGACAAUCAGGCAAAGUAGUCUGCCUUAUGUUUCCAAUUACCUAAUUGCUGUGUAUUGCUAUUUUCUUGCCUUCACUAACAGAUGUAAACCAUAAUGCAUAAUGUUCUGAUUUUGAUUUAGAACAUAAAAUGUCUACAGUUACAUUGUACAUAAUUAGAAGAUAGCAGAAAAUUAUGCAAAGAAAUUCUUAAUAUUAAAUUUCUUCCCAAUUCAUUAAAUAAAUUUCAAAAGUUAUGUGAUAACCGAAUCAUGAUAGGUGUGAUAAAUCAGAGUAUGAAUGUAAAUAAUUAAUUAUUUUGCAUGUAUUCAAAGUAUUACAAUGUGUUGGUAAGGGCCCUGAAACCUGUCUGAAAUUAUAUGUAAGGAUAUGUGAACUAUUUUGUACAUUUCUAGGAAUUGGAUGUCAUGUGCUGUAUAUAUCAAUCUUGGAAUCAAACGUGAAAAAGAAAAGGUUCAUGCAAAAAGGUGAUUCCCCUUAUAAUUGUGAUUUUUCAGGAAUUGAGUACCUGAAAAAGGAGAGUUGGUUACUUUGUUAAUAAUCAUGUUGUAAAAAGAAAAGACAGAGAGAGAGAGAGAGAGAGAGGAGAAAGGAAAUACCUAAGAUUUCUACAAAUUGGACAAACAAUUAGAAAGUAAUUACAGAUAAAAAGGGGAAGUUGAAAAUGUAGGUCUCUUUGAAAUAGUCAAAUUUUGAAAAUGAAAAUGGAUUAGGGAAUUGAUUCAAUAUAUUAUUUGGGAAGAAGGGUUUUUAGAUUUAAAAUGUAUUCAGCAAUUUGUAUGUACAUCAAAGUGGUGUUUUUAUGACCUUCGAAAGUGCCUAUUACAAAUUCUUUCUCUAAUGAGUCUUUAGCACAGAUAUUCCCCUUUCUUUCAAAUACAUGUAUGUUAUAGAUUUUUAAAGAAGAGAAAGUCAAUAUUUUGAUCGCAUUUUCAUCUGACUUGCAAACAUUCCUUCUCGUUAACCAGCUUUAUAAAAGGCUAAUUUUCAUUUUUAUAUUUUUCUAAUCAGCGAAGUAAUUGAAAAUGACCAAGAUCUGUAAAACAUGCGCUUUUCUGUUACCGUAAUCAUGUAAAGAACCGCAUUAAAGCUCAGACCAAUGGCCGAAAAGUUAUUGACAUAAUGUUUUUAUACCUGAAUUCAAAGAUGAUUUAAACAUACUAUGGACUAUUCAAUUUGUUCACUAUGGGCAGCAAAACUUGUAAACGUAAAUAGUAAAAGGGUAAUCAAAAUACAAGCAAACAGAAGCUAGAAAAAUGUAAUUUUUCUAAAUCUCUCAAAAACAAACAACAGAUCUUUAUGUUUACUUGUGCUCGCUUUGCCUAGUUUUGACAGCCCAUUGUCAGUUAGUGAUAAAGACCAUAGUUAAGUUUGAAUGAUCUGACUGAAUUCAAGCUUCACUGUUUUAAAAGGGAUGAGCCCUAUGUUGUCGAAUACUAAUGUCUUCCAAUCUGAAUUUUAUUUUUCUAUUUUUUUAAUUUUUAAUUUUUAAUCUACUUUUUGUCCAUACCUGUAUCUGUAUAAUGAAAUCUCCCUUUAAUAUGACACGAUUCAUUCUGUACAAAACUGUUUCAAAACGUACUUGUUGUAUUUUUAAGUCAAAUCUAGUAUUUCUUGUUGAAAUCAUUAUUCUGGAAGGAAAACAUCUCAUUUCAUUCUAUUUAGGUCACUGUCCAUGUCAUGUCUUAACUUACCAAGUGAAAUACAAUGUAUGUAUCAUUUCAAGAUUGUUUGUUCCCAUAACUGAGUUACAUGUAAUAACAGUUAUGAACGAAAACAAGUUUUUCAAAUCACAUGGUGUUCUUCAGUGUUACAGAAAUAUACAUUAUCACCUUACAUGUUUUUACAAAUUACAAAGUACACUUUAUAUUGUCAAAUGAGAGUAAGAAAGUCUAGAUAACUUUGUGUGAAUGUAUAGAAGCUAACACUCUUCUAAUUCGCAGUAGACAAUUUAUUUAAAACAUCUAUAAUUUUAAACAAAGAACGAAAGGACAAGCUAUGAAUGCAAAUUUCUAAUUUUUACCAUCUCAGAUAAUACCAGUUUUACAAAAAAAUAGUUAAUGAUUAUUUUGUAUUGUUAUUCUGUACCUUUAGUCAGAGUGACUUCAGACCUGUUCAACUCUGUGAUUAAUUGUUUUGUAUGUAACUAGUUAUCAUCCUCAGACCAUAUUGUUUUUUUUACUCUACUGAUAUUUGAUUCGACCUGCCAUUUACCUGAGUACAAUGCUGAGUGGGACAAAGGCUAUAUCUCUCUUUUAAUUGCUGAUGAAUGUUAUUUUGAUUUGACCUGGAUUUUUUAUAUCAGGUAAACACUGGGAAUAAAUGUUUAUAUAGCAAAGGGGUGUGUUCAUAUUAUAAGCAUUCACCAAGAAAGCACAAAAUGAUGUUUUGAAACUUUUUAUAAUACAUUUGUAUUUUAAACAUUAACCAGGGACAUUAACUGCUGGAAGCAACAAAUUAGUGGCCAUAUAUAUUUUUUGUUUUCAAAAAAAUAUAUGUACAUGUCCAAAUAUGUUUUGUUUGCUACAGGUAUGUUUCUUUGUUAAAUGAUACAACUUGUGUCUCUUUGAUUAAAGAAUGCAUCUCAUGUUAUUUCCUAGAAGAUCUUACUGAAAUAACCAUAAUAACAAUGAUUUUUUUCUUAAUAAAGAUUAUCUUUUGCAUGAAAA